ACAUCUAUAGAAGCUUCAAUCAUCUCCCAUACUAAAAUUGAAAUUUCGAAUAAAACGUUUCAAGACCACUGACAUCGCAAUGGCAACAGACCGGCUUGGCGUAGCUCUAAUCGGCAGCGGACUCUUCGCGCAGGAAGAACACCUCCCCGCCCUCCUCAGCAACCCAUCCCUCAAACUCGUCGCCGUAUACUCGCGCAGCCUCGCCUCAGCCAAAUCCCUAUCAAAAGAUCUGAAAGAUGUGGAUUUGUACAGUAAAGACAGCGGGGAAGGGAAGGGAUACGCAGAUCUCCUGAAACGAGCCAACCUAAAGGGCGUUAUUAUCUGUCUCCUAAUCCCUAACCAGCCUGCAUUUAUUAAACAAGCCCUCUCCGCCGGCAAGCACGUCCUCUCCGAAAAGCCCGUGGCCCCGACCCUCGCCGCCGGCAAAGAGCUCAUCGACUGGUACCGCGGCUUCCUUCUGGACGGCGGGGUCCACUAUAUUGCGGGGACGCGGGUGCUGCUAGGAACCGCGAACGCGAUUGUGCGGACGAGCGCGCACAGCCAGCAGCUACAAGAGCACCUGCCCCCGGUGGAUACGGUGGAUGCUACUGUAAAGCUGGCUAGCGGGGCGAUAGGAACUAUAUUAAUAAGUUUCGGGACAACGUUUAAGAGCAACAAAUACUCGGUUGCGUGUAAGAACGGGAUUGUGUCAGUGUUGCGGGGAAAAGUUAUUGUAACAAAGGAUAAGGCGGAUAAGGGUAAAAGUUUAGUUUCUGGGAAGCCGGACACUAGGCAGAUACCCGAGGAGGCGUUGGCAGAUUUGGAACUUCUGGAGGCUUUCCUUAGGAGUAGGGAAUAG